CAGAGGUGAAGGCAGCUAAAAUCAGAUCCCUGGCUGCUAGACAUCGUUGUUUCUGGGUCACUCGUCAGCCCUCUGAGAGGCCCCCGUCCACAUGAGCAGAACAUAGAGAGAGCGAAAAAGAGAGAGAGUAAGGUAUUUAUAGAAAAAUGGGGUUUCGCUGUACCUUUUUCCUGCAAGGAACCAUUUCAGAACCAACUGUCCCAGUUACGUGAUCAUCAUUCAGGCAUUGAGGCUACGCUGAGCCUCAGCCUGCGGUGGUUCUCUUGAUUGAACACUUGAUUGAGGCGGCGAUGUGACCUUUUUUUUUUUAUUUCUCGAGCAGGCAAGAGAGAGAGAGUUGUUGGUGGGCGAGGGAGUUUUGGUGGUGAGAGGCGGCCGCAAGAGUGGCCGUGGGCACCCCCCCUCCGGCUCGAGGCUGGCCGGAACGUGCCCUGCUGCGAGCCGGGCGAGGAUGAGGCGUUUCCUGAGCAGAAAGGGCCGCUUCUCCCUGCGCCAGAGCAAGUCUGGCCCCCGGAGUGCUUGCAAGGAUUUCUAUCUCGGUCUACCCGCUACCAAUCAGAACUGGCCUGAGGCUUUUGGCUUCCGCCUGGGUGGCACUGGGCCCAGCUACAUCUUGUCCGUGGUGGAGGGUAGCAGCGCCUUCCUGGCAGGCUUGCAGCCCGGGGACCAGGUGGUGGAUAUCGAGGGGCAGGAUGUCACCAACCUGAGCACCCCGGCUUUAAUCGCUUUAGCUCAGACCCUCAAGACUGUGCCACCCAGCAUCGGCGUGGUGUCACGAAUCGAACAGAUCGACAUCACUCCCAGCCCGGACGGCCGCUUCGGCUUCACCAUCGUCGGAGACAGCCCUCUCAUGGUGGAGGACUGCAUGCCAAACGGUGCGGCCAGUCGCAGCGGCCUUAAAGUCGGAGCCUACGUCAUGGAGGUCAACGGCAUCCCAGUAAAACAUCAUGAAACUGCGGCGGCAAUGAUUAAAGCCGCUCAGGGUCGGCCUCUGCGCCUCGGUGUGCUCAGCAUGGCACGGCGACCUAAGCGGCUGAGCAGCAGCAUGAGGGUCCUCUCACAGAGUGGCGACAGCGUCAGGGAUAGCCGAGCCCAUAAAGCCAUGGAGUUUAAUAAGAAGGUGGAGGAUGUGCUGGGAGAUGAGCCAGAUGUGAAGGAGCAGCUGUUUGAGGUCUUGAAGCAGUACGCCGCUGAGAGGGAUGUGGAGAGGCUGGCUGAAGCGCUGCCUGACAUUCUCAUCACAGAGGAGCAUCAGCAACUCAUUGACAGCGUCAGGAUCUUCAUCCCCAAAAAGCAUCGGGAGCGUUUCGACGAAGUUGUUUCCCAGAGCCUGAUGAGCCGCUUCAAGGGGCGUAGCUUCAGCGACCCGAGCCGUAGCCGCCGCAGCCGCAGACGGAGCGAAGACCACCCAGAACACCUUCUGGUCUCCACCCGAGCAAGUUCGGUACCCCGCACCCACGCAGAGGAAGGGUCCAUCCCACCUGCCCGAGGGAUGCGGAAGACAACAUCGCUGAUAGCCGGCCACUCCGGCGGCGCUACGACUAACUGCAGGACGGUGAGAGUAUGUAAGGGCAACAUGAGCUUUGGCUUCACCCUCCGAGGUCACGCCCCUGUGUGGAUCGACUCUGUCAUCCCUGGGAGCGCAGCAGACAAAGCAGGUCUCAAGCCAGGAGACCGCAUCCUGUUCCUCAAUGGACUUGACAUGAGGACCUCCUCGCAUGAGAAGGUGGUGUCCAUGCUGCAGGGAAGCGGUGCCAUGCCCACUUUGGUAGUGGAGGAUGGUGCACCGUCUUUCACCCUGUCCGAGCAGGACCUAGUAGGGAGCGGCAUAGCCCCGGAGCGCGCUCGCUCCCCUGUGCUCAGCUCCCUGCAAUGGGUAGCCGAAAUUCUUCCCCCGAGUAUCCGAGUUCAGGGCCGUACCUUUGGACAGCAGCUGGAGCAUCUGCUGACCAUUCAGGAGAGGUACACCAUCUGCAAAGCCUUGGAGAACUUCUUCCAGCACAGGAACGUCGACACGCUGAUUGUGGAUGUCUUCCCGGUUCUGGAUACUCCAGCCAAACAAGUGAUCUGGCAAUUUGUUUACCAGCUGCUGACAUAUGAAGAGCAAGAGCACUGCCAGAGCAAGAUCUCACGCUUUCUUGGGUUCAAGACAACAGUUCCACCACCACCACCUCCCCCUCCUCCAGAACCCGAGGUUGCCUCUGAGCCCCAUCGCCGUAGCAGCUCCAUGAGGGUGACAGGCACCACGUACAGGAGCAGUGUGAGGGGGCGGAGCUCUGAUGACCUGGUCAUUGGCACACACUUGGGCAUGGGCUACCGUGCAGACUCGUUUUUGGAGGCCGGAAUGAGGUUGGCUCCAGGAGAAAGACAGUCAGGAGACGGUACCUCUCUACCCGAGACUCCCAACAACCUCACCAAUCUAUCAGCCGUGUACGCUGAACUGGAGAACAUGUACUCAGCCAAGAGAUCCAAGUCUCUGAAGACUCGCCCUCCUCCUGCCCCUGAGACUUUGCUGGAUCUGGACCCUCCGUCCCGCACAGCUUCCCCUACAAUGCGUGUUAACACAGGUAGUCGUAAAGGCCCCCCAGCUCCGACAAGCUGGCCAGAAACUAUACCGAGCCCUCCCCCUUCCCAGUUCUACCCAUCAGGGCUAACGAGUCAGAACAGUGGCGAGUCAAACCCUUACAUUAGCCUGGAUAGUCCACCACUGUCACCGCCAGAGACUCCUGACUUCCUGUCUAGCCCGCCUCCCCGCCGCAGUAGCAAACGCCGUUACACCUUCUCAAAACCGCCUCGGUCCGAAGACACCGAUCGCUUUCUGGAUGCCCUCUCCGAACAAUUGGGGCAGCGAGUCGCCAUCGUAGAUGACUUCCUCACUCCUGAAAAUGACUACGAAGAGGAUGUUGUGCAGAUGGCUUUCCCAGAUGAGGAGGAGGAGGAGAAUGAGGAGGAGUUGGGCAUGGAUGAUGAUGAAGAAGAAGAAGACGACAAUGGAGGAUUUGUGGGUCCUGAGCUCAGCAGCCCAAGCGACAUUCAGAGCAGCAGCGGAGAAGAGAACGCCUCCUCUCUCACCUAUUCCUCCUCCUCUGACCACAUCCCUCCACCCCCCAUGACUCCUCCUCCGCCUCCACCUGUUCAGUUCAAUGACUCCCCUGCCCCUCCUCCUCCUCCUCCUCCUCCACCGCCUCCUGCUCCUGUAGCUACACAGACUCAGCAGCAGCCUAGCUACACCCCUGAGCACUCUCCGAGAGCUUACGUGCCCAUCCGCCGCAAAUCUGGACCACCUCCUCCACCUCCACCCCGCAGUAAUCCGCCUCCUAAACGACACUCCCUCCACAAAGUGCUCCCGACUAAGGAGGAGAUGCACGUCCAUGCUGCCAUACAGGAGCUUAAGGCCUAUCAAGAGCAACAGGAAAGACAGAAUUAUGAGGAGCAGCAAGCAUAUAAAGAGAGGCAAGCGUAUGAGGAGCAGAAGGCUUUUGAGGAACAACAGGCCUACCAGGAGAAACUCUUCAAGGAGAGACAAGCCUACGAGGAGCAGAAGGCGUACGAGGAGCUGAAAGCCUUCGAGGAGCAAAUGUUCCAGGAGCAACAAGCCUACCAAGAAAGGCAAGCAUCACAACAGCGUCAAGCCUACGAGGAGCAGAAAGCUUACGAGGAGCAACUGAUGCAGCAGAUCUACCAGAGCCAUCACUCCAUGCCGUCCCAGCCCACCCAGCAGCAAGCCCACUCACCCCACCAGCUCCAGCAGCUUCACCAGUCUUUACCACCACUUCCUGGUCCGGAAUCCACCAAUCACCAUGCCCGUCUUUAUAUGAUGCACCAAUCACAGCAGCAGCAGCAAGGUCAUCACCACCGCCGUCAGUCCCGCUCAGCCCCGCCUCCACAUCAGCCGCCACCUCAACCCGCAGCAAACCCGAGUCAGCAGUAUUCCGAGGGUGUUUACCAAAGCCGCCAAAGCUUCAGAUCACAGCCCCACCACUCCUCUGCGGAGAUGCUCCAUCAGAUGCAACAAGCCCACCACAACCAGUCUGCCGACGUGCUGCAGCAGAUGCACCAACCCAGCUCUCACUACUCGUCAGCGGAGAUCCUUCACCAAAUCCACCAGUCCAAGCUCCAUCACUCCUCCACAGAACGUCUCCAUCAAGCUCACCAGAUGAUGCAGAUGCAGCCUCACCACUCCUCCACGGAACUUCUCCACCAAGCCCACCAGAUGCACAGAGGACAGCCCCACCAUUCCUCCUCCGAGCUACUCCAUCAAAUACACAAACCCAAGCCCCACCAUUCUUCCACUGAGCUCCUGCACCAAUCCCAUCAGAUGCACCAACCAAAGCCGCACCACUCUUCCACCGAGCUUCUGCAUCAAGACCAACAAGAGCCGUCCUCGCUUCCUGUUCAGCUAAAUCGCGAGAGCCACUCGCAGAGUCGCCGAAGUCUCAAAUGUCUCCACCAGACCCAAGUGUCCCCACAAGCGCAGUCCGUCCACCAUCACCCGCAGCCUAUCAAGCCAUCCCCCCAGAGACCCCAUUCAAUGCAGCAGACUCACCACCACUCCGGCACCCCCCAGAUCCACCACAUUCACCACAUGACCCCCCAGCCCCCGCCGCAGGACUACCAGCACCAGAUUCACGUCAUCCACCCUCCACAGCAGCAAUCCCACAGAUCCCAUCCCCUCCUCUCGACAUUCCAACCUCUCCAGCCCCACCAGCCGACUCUUUCCACCUUCCAGCCUCUCCCCCAACAGCAGACCCAGGCCCCCACCCAAAGCACCCGCCCUCAUUCUCAACCCUCUCACCAUCUCAUGCAAUCCCAACAACCCCAAGUCCAGACCCACCACAAACCACCCCAGGCACAAAAUCAACCCCAGUCCCUCCCACAUUCUCUAUCCGACCCCACGGAGCACCUGGAGCCUCCGCCGCCACCCCCUCUGCCGCCACCUUGCUCGCCCCCACCCUUACCCAGGCCCACUCUCUCCAGGAUGGACUCCCAUCACAUGAGCGUCAAGAGGCUGCGUUGGGAGCAGGUGGAAAACUCCGAGGGCACCAUCUGGGGACAGCUGGGCGCCAACUCUGACCAUGAGAAACUACACGACAUGGUGAAAUAUUUGGAUCUGGAGAUGCACUUUGGGACACAGAAAGGAUCUUCCCUGCUUGUAGUGCCUACGCCAGAGCCUACACCACAGCUUGAAACAUUUAAGAAGAAAGAUGUGAUUGAAAUUCUGUCCCACAAGAAGGCCUACAAUGCAUCCAUCCUGAUAGCCCACCUGAAGCUGUCACCAGGAGAGCUGCGUCAGGUCCUGAUGAACAUGGCUUCCGAUAGGCUGGAGCCACCUCACAUCAGACAGCUGUUGCUGUACGCCCCCGAUGCGGAGGAGGUGAAAAAGUAUGAAGAAUACAGAGACGACCCCAGCAAACUCAGCGAGCCGGACCAGUUUGUGUUGCAGAUGCUAUCAGUGCCUGAGUACAAGACCCGCCUGGAGAGCCUCCACUUCAAGUGUUCUCUACAGGAGAAGACGGAGGAGCUGAGGGGAGCCUACGAAUGCGUAUGUAAGGCCUCCUCGGAGCUGAAGAGCAGCAAGAAGCUGGCAAAGAUAUUAGAGUUUGUGUUGGCCAUGGGCAACUACCUGAAUAACAGCCAGCCUAAAACCAGCAAGACAACAGGCUUCAAGAUCAACUUCCUGACAGAGUUAAGCACUACAAAGACGGUGGAUGGCAAGUCAACAUUUCUGCAUAUUCUGGUCAAGUCUUUGUGCCAUCACUUUCCAGAUGUACUAGAUUUCUCCAAAGAUCUCACUAUGGUUCCGCUCGCAGCCAAAGUCAAUCAGAGGACUAUGACUACCGACGUCAACGACCUCCACGCCACCAUCCAGAACAUCCGCUCAGCAUGUCAAAAAAUGCCCACGACAGCUGAGGACCGCUUUGCGGUCGUCAUGAGUAAUUUUCUGGAGAACAGCCAUCCAGCUGUUCAGUCUCUGGAGUCUCUCCAGCAGAGAGCAAUGGAGGAAUUUUCCAGAACGGCGUCUUACUUUGGAGAGGACAGCAAGAGCACCAACACUGAAGCCUUUUUUGGCAUCUUUGCUGAAUUCAUCAACAAGUUUGAGAGAGUCCUGGGUGAUCAACAGGCGGCAGAAAACCCCAAGAGCCCAAGAAGUCCCCGUAUGGCUUCACCACUGGCCUGGUAGCUCCUAUGUAGGAGAUACGUGUAUACCGUAUCUGUACAUAUUGGACACUUCAUUAGGUACACCUGCACAAUGCUAGAGAUACACUUUAGAAAGACGCACACUUUGGAUUGACUGAAUAUCCUGAGCAUCAUCCUGAGGGUGAGAGUUGUUUGUAAUAUUAGCCUCCUUCUUGUAGCUCAAUGUAUAGAAUUAUUAUUAUUAUUAUUAUGUUGUAUGCGGGUAUACCCAAUUAUAUGAUCAACAGUUGCAUAACAUUUCUGAGCAAAAGAGGACUUGGGCAGCUUUUUUUGGAGGGGGGGGGGGGUACAAUAUUGUAUGUAAUCUAUACAUACAUCUAUAAGUCUCCUUUGUGUAGUUUAUAAAACAAUAAAAUAGCAUCAUUUAUAUAUCAAUAAUUGGAAUGUUAUUCAAAUCUAAUUGAUAUAGGGUUGUUAUAUAUUUUUUUCAAGCACAUAACAGUAGCGUCCUCAUUGCAUAGUGUGUAUUUGUUAAGCAGCCCACCACACUGAAUGUAAUAGAAGUCAACUCAUAUCUCAGCAUAUCUUCUGCCCUGGUCUCUCAUCAAGGGUUUGACUUGAAAUGUGGAGACGUUAUUCUGAAGCGAUAGAUAGCACUUUCUAUGUUUUUUUUAGACGCUCUGACAAUUCAGUUUUCCAUAAAUGGAACAUGACAGCGUGCAAUCCAACACGGAUAUGGUCUGUUUGCACUGCACCAAAUGAAAACCCUUAGGAGCGUGUGUAUAUGUAUGUAUAUACGUAUUAGCACUUUUAAGAACCGAAUAUUUAUCUUACUGUUUAUCUCAUGAGAGCUGGGUUUCCAAGAGAGUGAAUUUUAAUAUAGCAUCUGCAAUAAUGUACAUAAAUAGCUCAUUAUUAUGCCAAUGCUUCGUAGAACAACAAAGUAGUAGUUAUUAUAAAAAUGAUAAUAAUAGUAAUAUGUGCAGCAAAUGAACGCUUUUGUUUUUUUUCCCCACUUUAGAUGUCACUGUGCAUAAAGCCAGACUGAAUUAGCUAAAAGUAUACCACAAUAGGGACACUAUAAUAUUGGCUUUUGAUGGAUUGAAUUUGAUUUAAAAUCAGAAUGGAAUAAAAAGGACAGCGUAAAUCAUUUUAGGAAUAAUUGUAGAUUUUUAAUGAUAAAUAAUGAUAAUUAAUGUUAAUACGAUCAUGCACACUUGCUACGGUGCAACGGAAAGGUUAUUUAAUUGUAAAACACAAGAGAAAUGACGUCAUAAUGUUUUGAGAAGCAUGUUAUCGUUUGAACUCAAACGAAUACCCUGCACCUUUGUCUCCCUCUAGUGGCAAACUAUAUUUAUGCACGUCUUUUAUUCUCCAUAUUGCCGACAUCAAAAUACAUUUAAACGCUCCGCUGCUCUUCUGGUAUGGAUUUGACGCCAGCUCACUCCUCCUGUCGCUUUAAUGAUCUUUGUUUGCUUGUAACAAAGGAAGCUAACAUGCUAAAUAGUUGACAAAAGCUGCGUCACAAUAUGAGUUUUCUGGAAGAGCUAUAAAAGCAGAGGUGUCCAAAGUGCGGCCCAACAGAUAAUGUAGUAAUAGCUUUAUUUUGAAAUAUAUACAUCAUGUUUUUAAGUUGCACUUUAUUGUUGUAUAGUCAUUCUUUUUUUUUGUAAUUAUUUUUUAUUCAGUGUGUCUGUAAUACUCCAUGGAAUGCUUGUUGUUUUUGGAUGAUCUGAUGAUAAUACUUGAUGUUUAUGGUCUAAAAUAUGUAACAUCUGCAUUUUGUGUUGUGUAUUUAACAAUGCUGCCAAAUAUAA